UGUCAUGGUUUCACACCCACUCACUUCCGCCGCAGCGACCUUAUAUGCACCACAUACAGUGUCACAAGAAUGCGGACGGGAGUUUUUUUGUUCAGCUGCUGAAAAGAAAGUUCGCGUGAAGAUUCUUCACAAUAAUGGCUUUCAUGUCCAGCCUGUCUGAGAUGUCUCCCUUUACCCUGGUUCUGACAUUGGCUGCCUUCAUUUUGUCUGCAAUUUAUUUGCUAUGGCCAUACCAAAUCUUCAAGAAGAUGGGAGUUCCUGGGCCAACACCUUUCCCGCUAGUGGGAACUUUCCACCACUACCUCAAGGGAUUCAGAGAAUUUGAUGCAGAGAGUUUCAGAAAAUACGGCAGAGUCUGGGGGAUUUACGAUGGCCGGGUACCCGUGCUCAUGGUGACUGACACAAACAUGCUGAAACAAAUCCUCGUCAAAGAUUGCCUGGAGUCCUUCACCAAUCGCCGAAAAUUUGGACUUAGCGGGCCCAUCAAAGAUGUUCUGCUCAUAGCUGAAGAUGAGCACUGGAAGCGUAUCCGAAAUGUGCUGACUCCAGCGUUCAGUGGCGGAAAAAUCAAGCAGAUGUGUCCCCUGAUUCAGCGCUGUGCUGAAGUGCUGGUGCAGAACCUCCACGAACCGUGCCAGUUGGAACAACCAGUGGAUUUAAAAGAAAUUUUUGGAACGUACAGCAUGGACGUGAUCGCAAGCUCAGCCUUCAGUACGGACGUGGAUUCUCAGACCAACCCCAACGAUCCAUUUGUCAUAAAUGCAAAACUUCUUUUCAAAUUAAACUUCGCAAGCCCUUUAUUUGCUGUAAUUUUGUUCUUCCCAUUUUUGAUCUCUCCACUCGAAAGACUGGGAGUGACUUUGUUUGAUAAAAAAGCGAUACAUUUUUUCCAUAAAAUUGUUCAGCAAAUGAAGAACAAACGUCAGAAAGGGCUGAAUGACAUGGGAAGAGUAGACUUUCUGCAACAGAUGGUGAAUGCUCAACUUUCAGAAAACACCUCGAAUGGAAAUGAAGGGAAUGCUCCUGCAGAAAAGUAUUUGACUGACGGUGAACUGGAGUCUCAGGCAGUGCUGUUCCUCAUGGCUGGUUAUGAUAACACAAGCACAAGCAUCACCUUUUUGGCCUAUUGCCUUGCUUGUAACCCUGACGUCCAGACUAAAGUCCAGCAAGAGAUCGACACAAUUCUUCCAGAUGGCAAACUGCCAGAUUACGAGACUCUGAAGCAGAUGGAGUAUCUGGACAUGGUCGUGUGCGAGACUCUGCGGAUGUACUCAUCAUCAUCUCGUACGGACCGCGUCUGUAAAAAGACGACGGUUGUGAAUGACCUGGUCAUCCCCAAGGGUGUGGUGGUCACCGUGCCAUUGUGGGUGCUCCACUACGACCCGCAGUACUGGGACGAACCUCACGAGUUCCGGCCGGAACGAUUCACCAAGGAGGCCAAGGAGGCGCGUGACCCCUACUGCUACCUGCCCUUCGGCCACGGCCCCAGGAACUGCAUCGGCAUGCGCUUUGCCCUGAUGUCCGUGAAGAUCGCUGUCUGUCGCAUCCUGCAGCGCUACUCUUUCCAGACGUGCAGCGAGACCACGAUUCCACCACAAUUUAACAAGAAUACAUUUUUACAGCUGGAAAAACCACUGAAGGUGAAAGUUGUGGCGCGAAAGGAGGCCGAGUGAAAUAUGAAUCGGGUGAACGAUUGAGAAGGAAGCAAGGGUGACGGCUACAUUCACAUUGUUCAGUUGGAACACGUCACCUUGCCAAUUAGGCCCUUGGUCGGUGAUGGCUAUGGGCAGCAUUUUCCAAAAAUGCAGAGAAAAGUAACGUUUGUCAAUGAGUUAAUCGUGCCUCGCGCGUCUUAAAAUAACAAUUUCUCUGGCGCCAACAUAUAUUAUUGCCAACAGAUAUUGCAGUUCAACUGUGGAGGAAUCUAUUCUUUCUACAUUUUGCGAAUAUAUAUACAAUUGACUCAUAAUCAUAAUGAUUGUAUUUUUUGUUUAUUACAGUAAGUGAUUACAUUAAUAUACUUGUUAUAAGUUACUCUACAUGUAGGUAUCUAUCGUGAUUUAAGGUUGGGUUUGUAAUACGGGUCCAUGUAGUUGGUAUACUUGCUAAAUAAAUACGUGAAUCGCGA